AUGCAAAUGGAUGAUUCAGAUUCCAAACUGGAAGGGAACUGGGUUCUUGUUCUGAACCGGAAGAGAAACUGGAGUCAGUUAUUGUGGCCGAGACAUAUUCAUAAUCCAUUGGAUGCUUUUGCUGAAGGUGAAGAUGAAGUCAAAAGGCAAGAAAAUGCCAAAAUUGAGAGCAAUGGUGAAAUACAAGAUGUUGAUGUUCAACAAAUGCUUAUACCAAGCGUUGUGGAGAAAAUUUUGGUUGAGUUGGAAGAAAGUACCAGGACAGGAAUAUUCGUGGCAUAUGAUAACGAUCUAAUUGGUAUUCUUGUGGUAGCAGAUGCAUUAAAGGGAGGAGUUGUUGUUGUAGUAGAGGGUCUUAUGAAAAUUCGUGUGAAUCUUAUUAUGGUUAUGGAUGAUAAUUGGAGAACUGCUCAGGCUAUUACUAAGGAGAAAGGUGGGGAAAUUGUCAGAGAAAGGGAAACUAAUGCCAUACUGAUUCAACCUGGUGAUGUAUUUAAAGUAAUUCUUGAUUCGAAGAUGCCUGUAGAUGAAUACGCAUUUCAGAAUCAGAUCGAAGAAGAUGAAAAUGGACACCCCAUAGAUGAAGGAAAGAAAUUUGAGAAAGAACUGAGGCUAGAGGAUAUGAUUCCUGGUGAAGAUGCCACAUAUGAGUCUGAAGAAGAGUACAAUGAGACUGAUGAUAGUAAUUUAUGGACUAGAGUUUCCGAUCUGGGUCUCAAGCUCCAGAAGUUGAAGACUAACCCUUGGCUGUCUGAGCAUAAACACGAGAGUUCAAGUUUCCCGAAGCAUAUAUGA